AUGUUUCGAAUCGCUGGCGUUAUUACAUUAUGUGUACUGAUAUCCGUGGCACAUAGUGCUGCUACAUCUACAGACAUAAAUAGUUUAAUAUCCUCAGGAUUGAAAAACACACUUGUUGGUCUCAAAGCAACUGUGGAUGGUUUAGUGUCGAGUCUUAACACAAUCGUUGGUCAUUUGGUGGAUGCUGUUCUAGCUUUACUGGCUACUUUAUUGACAGCAGUCGCACAAUUAUUAAGUGGUGUAGGUGGAAGUAUUUUGGGUAGUGCUUCGGUAACAGUUACAGAUCUGGUUAAAAAAGUUGAAACAACAUUAACAGGUGUUCAAACCACACUGCAAACAGCCAAAGGACAAUUGCAAUUAACAAUUAGUGGAAAUGUUACUAAAUUACAAAGCCAAAUUGCCACUCUGGUGGUUGCUGUACAAGGUGGCACAUUUAGCUCUGUCACAGAUUUCACCAAUCAAGUUGGUGUAAUCCAAGCAUCAGCUAGGUCAGUAUAUACCGCUUUGAACGGUUCUAUCACUACGUUAACUGCCUCAUUAAAUUCAUUAAUUGGCAAUGCAACUGGCGAUGUUGAUCAACAACUGGCGUCAACUCUAAUAUCAAUGAGUGGUGUAUUAAGCUCAUUCACUUUAGAUAGUCUACUGUAUACUGUGACGCAAACAGCUAUAGCUGUCGGAGGAUUAAUUCAACAAACAGCGGGCGUUAUUGGUCUAGUGUCGGGUGUCGAACAAGCGUUGCAAGACGUUCUUUCUGCCCUUGUCCAAGCCGUAGGUACACUGGAGCAAAAUAUUGUUACACCAUUACUCAGCACUGUUAAUAGUUUAUUAGCAAACUGCUCAGCAUUGUAA